CGGGUACUGGGCGGAGCUGUGGUCGGUGAGCGGUUGAGCCGGCGACUCGGGAGGUGGGCGGUAACGUGAGCGGGGUGGGUCGCCCGCAGGGCGCUGUGAGCAGGGCAGUGUUCCCAACAUCUACCGCUGCCCCGUUCCCCCCUCUUUGUUACUCCCUCCCUCUGGGCUCAGUGCGACUGUGGUCCCCUGCAUGCUGCUGGUGCGGGCGACACCGUGAACCUGUCUUAGCCCGGGCUGGGUUGGGCUGAGCUUGCAUCUGUACCUGUUACCCCGGGUUAGGUUUGGCUCGAUACCUGUUCCCACGGGUUUGGCUCCUCUGGGUACCAGCAACCCCGAGCUGAAUGAGUCCGGACUGCACUAGGAUUGGAUCGCUAUGUGUUACUCGGACUAAUCGACUAACCCAGCGUGUGUUGCCCCGGGGUAAGGUCGGGGCAGUACCUGUUAUCCCGGGCAGGGGCAGGUCGAUAUUGUUAAGCCGGGUUAGGGUCGGGUCGGUACCAUUUACCCCGCUCAGUAUCUACUAACCCGAGCUGGAAUCAGCUCGGUUGCUGUUAUCCCGGGCUAGGUCGGGAGGACUGGUGUUAGCCCGGGCUGGGCUGGGCUGGGCUGGGCGUGUGGCCGGAGUGGAGCGGGCUGCGGGAAUGGCCGGGCUGUGAGUGAGGCGCUGCCCGUUGUAUAGCUGAGUGAAGAUGGCGGCGAUGAGGCUGCUGACGGGCGCCGGGCUGCUGUUGGCUCUGUGUGCGCUCGGCCUCCUGGCCAUGGCCAUCUGCACCGACUACUGGUAUGAGACGGACGCGCGGCGGCACCGCGACCGCUGCAAGAACUACGCCAACAAGAGGAACGACCCCGGCUUCAUCUACACUCCCAGCCACAACCUGCCCCUCCGCCAGGCGCCGCUCAGCCUCCCGCACCGCUCCAGGAGGUUCUUCCUCGGCUCCGCUUCCGUGGACUCCCACUGCAGCAGGCAGUUCAACUCCACCGUCCUCGGCCUGUGGAGGAAAUGCCACCGCCAGGACUUCGACCAGGACACGGAGGAGCUGAUCUUCAAGGGGGUCGUGCAACGCUGUCUGCCUGUGAAAUACCACUACUCCUCUUCAACGGUCCCACAGAAUCUCCCGGUCAAUUUAACCAUGAGCAUUCGGCAAGACGAGUGGCAUGCUCUCCAUCUGCGGCGGAUGACGGCAGGCUUCAUCGGAAUGGCUGUGUCCAUCAUCCUCUUCGGCUGGAUCAUCGGCACCCUGGGCUGCUGCAAGGACCACGACCUGAUGCAGUACGUGGCUGGCCUGUUGUUCCUCAUGGGAGGAACCUGCUGCAUCAUCUCCCUCUGCACCUGUGUGGCCGGCAUUAACUUCGAACUCUCCCGUUUUCCGCGCCACAUGUACGGCCUGCCCGAGGACAUCAGCCACGGCUACGGCUGGUCCAUGUUCUGCGCCUGGGGCGGGCUGGGCCUCACGCUGCUGGCCGGGUUCCUGUGUACGCUGGCCCCGUCCCUCAGCACGCCGCACACGACCGUACACAAGCCGCGGGUGGAGAACGGCACUAUGUGACCGAGGGAGCUGGGCCUCGGGCGGCCUGGUGAGAAACGUUUCAAUACUUCCACGCUGUUUUAUUGAAUGUAAUUUAGUAGAAUUACUUGUGAUAAGGAGCAUUAAAAUCUCUAAGAAAACAUCUUUCAUUAAUGCCUUGAAACCCUCGCCCUGCAUUGAGGGUGUACAGUUUUGAUACAACUCACCCGCGUCAGAGUCCCGGGCUCUCAGACAAGUGGCGCCUCCCUCCCGCCUGGAGGGGCGGUACGUCUGCGAUCCGCCCGGUCUCGUGUUUUGUAAUGCGGCCGUGACCGAAUUGAACCACAACUGCAUUAAUUUGUACAAAGACAGAAAUAUCUUUUUCCCGCUGUACAGAAUUCCGCCGCUGUAAAUUGCACCGCGUUUGUUUGUUUGUUUGUUUGAUCUUGCUGUAAAUUGCACCGUUUUUGUCUUUCUUUUUGGUUGGAUCCGAUCAGUUGGAAAUGCAUUUUUGUAAAUAAAAACACGUUGGAGAUGAAAAUGAAACGAUUUGCAGAAGUUGGAGGCGCUGCGCACUGUGCGGCCUCUCGUCCACUCUCCACACACACUAGGGCGCCAGUGCUGGAGUACGGCGAGGACAGUCCAUGGUCACCUGUGGGCUGGUGACAGCGUGGGGUAGACGGGGCCAGCGGGGAGAGAGAACAGGCUGACUGGGGCCAGGGAAAAUCCAACCUUAGCCCACUCAUGUUAUCCAAGAGAAACUGCUGACACUUAAACUACCUGCUACCC